AUGAACAAAGAUAUAUCAACAAAUGCUUCUAAGAGCGGUUCUGGUUCGAAUUCAAGAGACAAAGGAGAAGGAUCAUCAUUCUCAGUUGAUUUUGAAUUACAAGAAGUUGUAAGUAAGAGAUUGAUUAGAGAUAGUAAAGUCAGAUUAGCUUUCUAUCAUAGCAUCAUGGGUAUGAAGCCAAUUCAAGCUACAUUAAUUUAUUUGUCUGCUUUAACCUUAAUUGUUACAUGUCUUUCAUGUUAUAUUGGAUUUGUUGUUAACUUCAACAGCAGAAUCAUAUGGAGAAAGAACGCAUAUAGUGAUAUUAGAAGCGCAGGUUAUUCAUUAUUCUUCACUUUUUAUGCAAACUUCAUAACAAUUAUGCAAUGGGCAAAAAGUACUCAAAGAUAUGAUGAUAAUAGAGCAAUUCUUGGUGAUUUAACAAUUAAUGCCACUACUGUAAAAUACAUCAUAAAUGAUAAAUUUAAUCGACCUCAGAAAAUAAUAUACGCAGUCAACUUCAGUAGAAACAGUUUAACCAAUUUAUUUAAUGCUUUUUCGAGCCUUGCCAAUGAGUAUAAUGUUUAUGAUAUUGGCACGAAUAUUCUUAGACAAGAAUGCAAACUAGUUGUGUGUGACAAAAACAAACCGUUUACUGAAAUUACGGCGACUGUAAAAGAUCAUAUUCUGAUGAUGAACUUUUUCCAAUCAUCUUUUGCAGGCACCCUUCUUAAAAAUGAGACAAUCCCCAACAUAUAUGACAACAAUGAUUGGUGUCAAGUAUUCAGUAACUCCAUUAUACUCUCUGAAUAUUCUGAAAAAUCACUGAAAUCAAUAUUAGAUUUCAAUAUCAAAGAAGCAGAUAAAUAUACAGUGGCGUUCAAAACUUGGAUGAUUGCAGGUUCAAUUGCAAUUAUUAUCUUGUCGGCAGGUCCAGCAUUAAUUAUCAUUAAUACUUACAAUUAUCAUAUCAAUAAAACUCUCAAAAUGCUUUUAUCAUUGCCAACAAAUAUUAAAGAAGAUGCCAAGAAACCAAUUGUUAUUACGAAUCAAACUGAAGAAGAACCACUGAAUGCAAUGACUAAAGCUAAGGUAUCAAAGGUAAUGGACUAUAUUGCUAUUGGAUUCUUUACAUUAUUGUUCAGUGAUACGGCCAUAUUUUGUGUAAUGUGUUACAGAGCAAUUCAAGCAAAUGAGGAACUCACUGAUAUGUAUGAAUGGUAUUAUUUAUCUUGUGUGAGAGUACUCUCUUCAACGCAGGCAGGAAAUAAUGCAAUUCACAUAUUAUUACUCAAUGGAAGCUUGAAGAAUGAUAUCAUUUCUCUCGCGAGCUUAAAAGCCAAAGCUUUGAAAGACCUUGAUGAUUUGAUAACUGCUGAUAAAGCUCUGUUAGAAGGAAAUGGAGAAAUAAAAAAGAUUAUUGGGUAUGAUGAGCAGUAUGAUAAAUUACAACUCCAAGAAGUUUGCUCCUUAAAUCGUGAUCCAAAGUCAAUUCAUGAUAUGUAUGCAUGUGCAGGAAUUGGUCAUCAAAUCAUCAUUUUCAAAAAUAUGGUUUCAGAUAUUUUGAAUAACCCAGGUAAAUAUGAUGGAGUAAUAGAUGAUGAAGUAUCCGCAAAUAUUGCACAUUUAUUGCAAUAUCACUUCUUCCCAAGAGUUAUUGCAGCAACAACACGAAUGAGAGAUAUGAUUGAUGAAAGAUAUGCUGCAGGUGUCAGAUCAAACAGAUUACUUUUAAUUGGAGGUUUAGUUAUAUCAUUUAUAAUGGAAAUAAUGCCAUGGCUAUUCAGAUAUUUUGUUAAUGAGAACUACAAAUUGCUUUUAAUUUGUUUCAAGAGAAUCUUCCCACGAGCAAUUGUUGCUACACCUGAAAUUAUGGAAUUUUUCAAGAGCUCCAAGAAAUCUUCAAAAGAAGAGAACAUGUCAAUAUCAAAAUCAAUUGUUAUGGAUGCAAGUGAAUGUAUAAUCAUUACAAACCAAAGCGCAAUUGUAGAAAUUAUUAACUCAUCCGUUACUGCAAAUCUCAAUAUGACUCCAGAUCAGAUGCUUGGCCAGCAUAUUGCCAACUUCGUUUCAUCAAAAGAUCAACAAAGAUUAAAUCAACAAAUUGAUUUGAUGAUGAGUGGACAAGGUUCGAGUUUCUGGCAAGAUCAUAUUGAGUUAGUAAAUGAAACAGCUGAAGUAAUUCCAUUUGCAAUCACAAUGAUUGGAAUGAAAGAUAAAGAGGAAUCUUCCGAAAUCAAUUCUAUAGUAUUCAUUUUAACGAAUGAAACUGAAGAAAAGAAGAAGCUAGAAGAAGCUGAAAUUGCAAAAGCCAAAUCAGAAAAGCUAUUGUAUCAAAUCUUACCAAAAGAUAUUGUAAUAAGGCUAAAUAGAGGUGAAACAGAUAUCUCUUUCACAAUCAAUAGUGCAACUAUCUUCUUCAUUGAUAUUGUGAAAUUCUCAAACUAUGCUUCAACGUUGACACCAACAGAAAUUAUGACAAAUUUGAGUCUAGUUUUCGCAACAUUUGAUAAAAUUGUUGCACAAUAUCCAACAAUUACUAAAAUCAAACUAAUUGGAGAUGUUUACAUGGCAGCAGCAGGUUUAUUUAAUGAUAAUCCUGAAGAUACAAAGCAUGCAGAAGAAGCAGUAAGAUGCUGCAUUCAAUGCCAAAAAGCAAUGGAAGAAAUCAACAUGAAACUUAAUGCCAGCUUAGAGAUUAGAAUAGGUGUAAAUUCUGGUGGUCCAUUGAUUGGUGGUGUUCUUGGUUCUGACAAGCCAACCUUCGAUAUUAUUGGUGAUCCAAUCAAUGUAGCUGCUAGAUUGCAGUCUACAGACAUCCCAGGAAAUGUUCAAAUUUCUGCAGGAACUAAAGAACUGAUAGAAAACCUUGACUUUGAAAUCGAAGAGAGAGGUGAAAUUUAUUUGAAAGGCAAAGGAAAGCAGAUGACAUACUUUGCAUCGAAAAGAGAAAGAAGUGAUAUAGAAGGUUCCUUUGCUAUUAACAUUCAAGAAAAGAAAGAUAAUUAA